CUCCAAAUUUCAUCUAUCUAGUUCUUUCUCGUACUAUUCAUCUGGCAGUCCUCCUUAUCUUUCACAAGAAUCAAAAUGGAUUUGUCCAUGAAAGUUUUUGUGAUUGUCCUUCUGGUUCUUGUGACCACAGGUAACAUGGGGCUAGUGCAGGUGGCUUUGGCGAGGGACUGUGAGACAGCAAGCCACAAGUUUCAUGGUCCAUGUGUACGUGACUCCAAUUGCGCAAGCGUUUGCGAGACUGGUUUCACCGGGGGCAAGUGUGGGGGCUAUCUCCGCUGUUUCUGCAGCAAGCAGUGCUAGAUGACCUUCCUUUCUUCAUGCAUACAUGGUCUCAUGUAAUAAAUCCGUAGGCAUACCCGUCAGGCUGCUUAUGGGACUCAUAAGAAUAAAAAGUGACUGGAAAAUUUGAUGGAUCCUUGCAUUCUCCUAUGAGUGAACAUGGUUGCUCCCAAUUAUGGGGAUUAAUGUUGUGGUUA